GGCCAAGGAUUUCUAAGCUUAGGCCCUCAGGCUGUUCCCCUUUGGCUGCUGCCAGCGUCGUCUCGAGCUACAGACCCCCUUUCCGGCGCGCUGUGUGCACCCCCACCCCCACCUCUCCCACGCUUCAUCGUCGUCGUCGUUCCUCGCCCCCACCCACCUUUGCCGAUCUAGGUUUGCCUCCGUUCCUCACCUAAGGUCUCUCUCUACCCUCUGCCUCCAUUCCGCCUCUACCCCUAGCGCUGCCUCUUUCUCUAUCCUGGAAUCAAUCAUCCGAGGUGUACUAUUUCUCUGUUUGAAUGUGUACUUGCCUGUCUCUGUCCCUCUGUCCCUAGAUUUGUAUAGUGUGUGUGUGUGCGUGCGUGCGUAUGCGUGUGUGUGUGUUUUUUUUUGUUCCUGGUCAACUGGGUCGUUGAGGCUCCUCCCCAGGUUCUAGAUCUCAUGUUGUACCCCGGAGUGCCACGGCAUUGCUGGAGUGUCUGUUCGUGAGGGUGCUGUUUCGAUCCACAGCAUGAUCCUGUCAGUGCAGAUUUGAAAUCUGUUUCGUUGGCGAUCGUUGUAUUUUUGUGAUUCAUGUCCCGACUUGGAGCGGACAGCUGCAGCCGCGUAAACAUUGCGGGUAUUGAGGUACAUGCGCGGUGGUUGCCUCUGUCUAUCGCAGAGAGCAGGUCCGGAACUUACUCGAGAGCGCUCUGACGAAGACACCAUUCAGAGCUCAUGUCUGCAAGCCACAACAGCCAAAUCUGGGCGCAGCUGGAGAAGCAUGGGUGCAUCUAGCAAAUUUUUCAAGUCUCUUAUUAGUGGAAAACGUGGAGGAGGCGCUGGCGGGGCAGUAGCCGCGACACCUGCUCCGGCGAAAGCACAAUCGGAAACGAAAGCAUUGUCCACCACAGGGUCUGAGAAUGCUGUUUCCGAGAGGGAACCUUCCGAACGGUCUCUUCAAUCAGAAAAAGAGGAUGCUGUCAACACUCCGGCCCCUCCAAAGAAAAACCAUGGAGAGAAAUCGAACGAAAAGAGUCACAAGCGAUGGACGCUCUGGAGACACGGCACAGAGAGCGACCACGAUCCGGAGACGGAUGUCGUAUCCACAGGGCCGGUCAUGUCCAGCUACAGCCAGGAGUUCAAAAUGGAGCAGCUGCAAGUGAUGAUAGACGAGACCAUGGGAACCGAGAGCCCGUCUCCUAACUCGCAUUCGAUUGUGGUGGCAGAAUGGGCUGCAAUUCGUAUUCAAACUGCUUUCCGUGGAUUUCUGGCAAGGAGAGCUCUGAGAGCAUUGAAAGGAUUGGUGCGCUUGCAAGCUCUGGUGCGUGGGCACACUGUCAGGAGGCAAGCGGCAAUAACGCUGCGAUGCAUGCAAGCUCUAGUGAGGGUCCAAGCACGCGUUCGUGCUCGCCGAGUGCGCAUGUCUCAGCAAGGCCUUGCAGUGCAGCGUACCAUUGGCCAUCGACGUCUCAUCGAGGCUCAGCUUCGUGAAUCAGAGCUCGGGUGGUGCGCUAGUUCUCGAACUAAACAAGACCUUCAAGCGAAGCUUCAACAAAGGCAGGAGGGACUUAUGAAGCGCGAGAGAGCCAUAGCUUAUGCUAACAGUCACCAGUGGAGACCAGAGAGUAACGGAGGAUCCUCUCAGGUAUACUUCAACAAUGAAGGUGACAAACCCCACUGGGGUUGGAGCUGGCUGGAGCGUUGGAUGGCGGCUCGCCCUUGGGAGAAUCGUCCUCUGAAGGAUGCUCCGGAUCGUUCACCCACCAAAGUUGCCGCCGAGAACCAAGACGAUCAGUUGCCGCAGAGUUACAUGGACGAAUCGCCAACACAAUCCCAAGCAUUGCAUCAGAGUUCUGACAACACCAGCAAGCAAACAUCUCCCAUCACUUCCACGUUGAUGCAGCUUCAGCGGCAACAGCGGCAGAUGCUGAGGGGAUGCAAUGACCAAGCUGAAUCGGAUGCCUCCUCAACUCCAUGCUCAAACUCCCACACGCCAUCCAAUAGUGAGAAUAUUCAGUCUUCUGCUGUCAGGAGAAGCGGUUACAUGGCAGCAACAAAGUCGGCCCAAGCCAAGGCUCGAGCUUACAACACUCCCAAUCCCAAGCAGCGGACACCGGAUGAUGGGGCACAAUCGAAAGCUAAGAGGCGGACUUCGUUACCAACGCGAGAAUCUCGUGAUUCUACCAGAAGUACAGCGUUAAGUAUGAGUCCAAGUAAUUCCCAAGCGACAUCCAGAAACUCAUCCGGCCGGGGUGACAAAUCCCACCACAGUGGAGAAUCCGGCUCGCAACCAUUUCCCAAGCCAAGCUCACGCAGAAGUGAUGCGUCUUCGUUUGUGCCUGAAGCUAGAAAAUCAACACGGCGCUCGCCAGGAGAUUUUAUGUCUGCUUCGUAUAAUAUGGAUCGAGGCUCCCGUAAAGCCAGUGACAUACUUGCAUCGGCGUACAAGGCUAGCGGGGGAUCUCGAAAAGGUGCAGGUGAUUUUAUGCACCAGUCUUACAAUUUUGGUAGACCAACUCGCAGACAUGGAGACUUCAUGACCUCGUCAUAUAAUCAGGACAGACCUCGACGGAGCGCUGAGACUCGGCAGUCAAAUCUCGAAUCCGCUACGAAGAAAAACGAUUUUCUCGCACACUAUAAUGCCCAAGAUAAGUCUACUUCCAGAAAAGACAUUCUGUCUAAAUCUUUGAAUUACGAGAAGCCUACGCAGAAGAAGUCAUCUUCAAAUACUGUAACUUCAGACAGCGUCUCGCAGUCCAACCAUCGAUCUUCUCAGCAGCCGAAGCCAUCGCGCCGAAGUGGGGAAUAUUCCAGAAGCGACAGGCCCACAAGCAGAGCUGUUGAUGCCCUGAAUCGGUCUUACCAAUCAGAGAGACCUCCAUUCGGCCAUAGUGCGGAUUUCACUUCGCACUCGUCUGUGCAUGGAGAUUUCUGGAAGCCUAUUAGAUGAUUUUUUUAACAAUUUUUUAUUAGCUAAUUUAUUUUUUUAAUAAGACCUUAGAAUCGUCGGAUUCACAAUCAUGUGGCCCAAUAUCAUUCGAUUGGGCCUGAAAGCAUAUUGGCUUGGCUUGAGUGGCGUAGUUGAUACAUCGCAUUGUACAUUUAUUUUCAGCCUCUGUUAUCGGUCGCUGUGAACGGUGAAUCAGACACAUGUUCCCAGGUUUAUGUUACA